CACAGGCAGGAGAACAUGGCAACGAAUGGGCAGCAGAAACGGGUGGGAACCAAACAUGGGGAAAGCCCAGAGAGAGUGAGCAGGAUAAACAGGAUCAACAGGACGAUCCAACAGAGAGUGAUACACGGACAAGGCAUAAAUACAAGACGGGUAACAAAGGGUGAGUGACAGUGAUUACGGUUACAGGUAGGACACAGGCGGGGAGGGGCAAGAGCAGACAGAGAUGCGAACGGGCACCAUGACAACGAAACGCGAAAUGUGACGCAUGGGGCUAGCAGGAGGUAGGCAUGGAAAAGCUCUACGGAGACGUGAAAAAUGCCGAUCGGCGCACCCGAGGAGCAGAGACGUGAUAUGGGAGCCAGUGCAGGGAGGCCCUAAUUGGGGUUAUGUGGUCUCUCUUACGAGCUCCAGCUAGGAGGGCGCUGGUGUUCAUCGCCCAUGGGGCCGGGGAGCAUUGUGGGCCGUACAAUGAGAUUGCACAGAGACUGAAAGAGUUGUCCCUGCUGGUCUUUGCACAUGAUCACGUUGGGCAUGGUCAAAGUGAAGGCGAUCGAAUGAACGUAAAGGACUUUCAGGUGUACAUCCGAGACUCACUGCAGCACAUUGACCUGAUGAAGUCUCGCCACCCCGGCCUACCUGUCUUCAUUGUGGGCCAUUCAAUGGGCGGCGCGAUAUCCAUCCUCACAGCCUGCGAGAGACCUACUGAUUUUACCGGCGUGGUUCUAAUUGGUCCCAUGAUCCAGAUGAACCCAGAUUCAGCCACACCAUUCAAGGUUUUCCUGGCCAAGGUUUUGAACCACAUGCUGCCAAACUUUACUCUCGGCUCUAUUGAUUCCAAAUGGGUCUCACGGGACAAGAAGCAGGUGCAGGCAUACGAAGCUGAUGAGUUGAACUUCCACGGAGGGAUGCGUGUGUCAUUUGGCAUGCAGCUAAUGGGGGCGGCGGCUCGCAUUGAACGGGAGAUCUUGUCCAUCAGCUGGCCCUUCCUGCUCCUUCACGGUGACGCUGACAAGAUUUGCGACAUUCAAGGUUCUAAAAUGAUGUUCGACAAGGCUCCCAGUGCCGACAAGAAAUUGAAGGUGGGAUCGGUAUACGAGGGAGCCUACCACGCCCUUCACCACGAUCUGCCUGAGGUGUCGGAGUCCGUGCUAAAGGAGGUGACUGGCUGGAUCAUAGAGCGCCUUCCCAGCAUCACAUUGCCAUCACCUCAAGGCUCAUAGACUUAGGGAACAUGUAGAGAGGCCAGUCAAAGCUCCAAGGAAACCUCCUUCUUUAAAAUACACUGUAUAGUACAUAGCACCAUGGUUUAGUUAAGUGGAAGUACAAGUUCAAGUUGCAGUAUGCUCAGGUUUGUAGUGCAAUAAUGACAAUUCUUUGUUUGUGCAUAUAAUGCCAGUUUAACUCCUCAGCCCUCCCCAAAUGAAUGUUUUAUAAAUGACACACAAACCUUUAUGGAAGUUACAAAUGCUCACUUCUGCAUUUCCUAGUCCAAAUUAGUUUUAUGCAAAUAUAACAUAAAGCAAUCUCCAUUCGCUUGUUCAUUAGCGUACGGGCAAAACGUGAAAACAGUUUGUGCACACCUGAACGUCUAGGCAGGGCAUUAAUAGCCUUUACGUGGUUUCUCAGUGAUUCGUGCAUGAAUCGCAAUGGUAUGAUUUCGGUAUAUUCGAAUCUAUCAAAUUAAGCAUUGAUGGAGGUAAAGUAAUUGUAGAUCAGGGGUGUCAAACUCAUUUUUGUUGUGGGCCACAGCGUACUUAAAGUUUCCCUCGUGGGGCCAUUAAUGACUUAAAUAGAAAUGGAUGGCCCCUCAUACUAGCACAUACACAACAGAAUCCAGUAAUAAAAAGUGAAACAAUGUAGAUGGUCCUCCAGCAGACCACGUUACCCUGUUGCUGUGGACAAUAGUUGGUUCACACGUAAAUUAUAGUUUGGCUCCAGCUGUAUUGGUUCAAUGAAUGUAGGCUACAACAUAAAGGACAUACUAAACUCCAUAAUAGGAUAACAAUUUUAAAUAAUUUCAUGGUUGAGAAGGUUUGUUUUUACCGCUAAAAAUCUACUCUACAUAUAUUUAUUACUAAUAACUAAUAACUUUCCCUUAGUUUGUAUUGCUGUGGUGACCAGUAGUGUUUAUCCAUUCUAUAAGCAUGGACCUUUUUGCCAGUGCAGCCUCACCCAUGCUGCCUCUAGUGGAUCGUUCAUGCCACUGCUAAUGGUCAGAGUCCUGCAUUGAAUUGGUCAUGCAAAAGUCAAAUUACUGCUGACCUCAACUCGAUUUCUUUUGAAAAGUGUGAUAGAUGAGCCUCUUGAUAAAAUAAGACUUUUAUUAUGCCACCGUAUUUAUGGAUUUUAUGAAAACCUCAACUGCCUUCCCGACUGUAGUUAGAACACAUAAAGCACAUGCAUUGUAGUAUUACAUGGACUUGGCACAAGAGACACAUUUCAAAGACAUAAAGGUGUUUUGCAUUGCUAACUUAUCAAGCUGUCUGUCUGCUGGCACGAGUGCAUGUUACUGUGCAACAUUAGCAUAUUGUCAGUACUGGGGCUGUGGGUGAUUGAGUGGAAGAAGAGGAGAGAGAACGAUGUGCUAGUCGUAACCAUGGCAGCACCUUUUAUACUCGUGUGUGUGUCCUGUUAAUUGUGCAGCAUGUGAGACAGAGGAUGCUGCGCUUUUAGGGCCUGCUUUGUCCAACUGAUGUUUGGAGGAGUUUCUUUCGAGUGAGCGUUGACAAAUGAGAAGGGAUAGUUAGCAUUAUUAGUACACAGUGUGUAAUGAGAACAAUUUACAGUGAAUCCAAAACAGCCUGUGUCUGCUGAAAUCCACAUCUUAUUUCCCAGACUUAAAAUAUCCAGACAGUAUAUAUUUCCUCCUAAAGAUCUGUAUUGUUAUCCACAGAAUGUAAUGUGUUGUUAGAGUUCAUAAUGUCACUAACUGGCUCAGCAACGUAGACAAUAAAUGUGGUCAUUGAAAGGCAGAACUUAUUAGCUAGAUAUUGGACCCAGCAACAUAGAAAAUUCCUAUUGGUCACUUGUUGCUAAGAAGAAUUCUCGGGGCACGAGCUAACUAUCUUGCGUGCUCAGAAUGUCAAAGAUUUGUAUAAGUCGUUUGAUGUGAAGUGGAAUGGAACAAAAUUAGGAGGCAGUCUCACCAACAGAAACAAAUCAGCCUUGUUACGCAUUCGUAUUGGAUGUUUGUUUCUAAGCAGAAUCCAUGAGGCAUACACAGUUUGCUAAAUUAAAGGUCAAGCAAUGCACAAAAUUACUGGCCACGUCACACAUUACUGAGGUCGUUUUUUUCGAGGCAGCAUUGGCACAAUGGCCUAUCCAGGAGGCACAGCAACGCUUGGUUGUUUUUCUUUAUUGCACUUUAGAGCUGUCACUUGUUGCUAGGCAGAAUGCGCGGGGCGCAGGCAUUUACCCCUCACUCCUUAAAGCUCAGUAUAAAAUAUGGCCAUCAUCCAGUUGCACUCGCAUGCUGUUUCCUUGGUAACUUGAGGUAGAGAUUGGAAUAGCUUUGCAAAAAGACACCUGCCAUUGAAGUUACCCCCAAAAAAGUCUGAAAGAAGUUCAUUUGUUCGCAUACAUUUUGCUAUCAAAUAAAUAUUCUUGUAUUGACCCUGUUUUGAUGACAGUACCAUCUGUUGGCUCAGUUACAGAUCAUAAGAUAGUCAACAUACAGUAUGUAAACAUGUUAAGAUACACUGUAAUGCACUGCAAACAUAUAUAUAAAAACAAUCUUUUUUGGCAACUUUGACAUGCUUAGAAAUUAACCAUAUACAAUUACUGUGCUCCAUUAUGUAAUGCAUAUAUACACGAGUGUAAUGAUCGUAUGUAGACAGAGCACCUAUUUAUAAAUAAAAAUCAAUGACUGUUAGUCUCCAAUAUUAGGUAAGAAAGACAAUUUAAUGUGGGUGGGAAAUUGAUGAGGGAUUUGCAGUAUAAGUCAGUCAAUGCCAGCUUGUUUUUUAAACCUUGACUUUAUGACUGUUUCUUUUCCAAUUAUUACGUGCGAUUCUAAAAUAGUGUCAAAUAUACCUUACCAAUCUGGGCUUUAAAAUUUAAUUAUAUAUAUUUUUCUAUUUCUGAGAACCUAAAUUAUGAUAAGAUACCAGUGGGGCAUUUUUGAAAUUAUAGUGUUUAAUUUUGUUUCAACAUAAUUGAUAUAAUUUUAACACUGAACAAUAGCAGCGCUAAAUCAGUAUUGGGCGAUGUGGGGGGGGGAUUGGUAUUACAAUUAUUUACAUGCUGAUGUGUACUGAGCAAAUAAUCAGGACAAUGCACUUUUUUAUACCUUGUAUCACAGUGUAAUUUGUAACUUUUUAACAUGGGAAUUGGUGUUUUAUGCAGUCCCACACAUGUAUGACCAUGUAUUUUUUAAUGCUCAAUGUUUAAAUCAACAUUGCGUUUUGCAGAUUGUGAUUCUUAAAAUACGUGAAUGUUUGAAUGCUCUCUUGGCAUGUUUUGCUUUAUUCCGGAGCAUGCAUCUUGGGACAAAUCUUUCUGUCAACUAUGUAUUUGUUUUUCAGGAACUGAACUCAAAAAAGCAUGUAUGUGAUGAUGAAAAAAUGGAAACAUGAGACAUUCGGCAAAAAAAAAAAAACUCAAGUCCGAUACCUGAUACAUUGUUAUGUUCCACACUAAAAAGGACAACUCCACAACAGAACCAUGUAUUGUAUCCUUUUACGGUAUAGUGUUUGUGCCUUAAUGAUGCGAGACCAUGCCCAAGUGUGACAUUGGUGCAAUAAAGUCUGACUCCACCAGGAUAUUUUUGAUUUAGAGAAAAUAGAGAUCACUCAAUAUGUAGUUAUUGUUACCUUGGUUGAACCGUUUGAUUUUUUUUAUUCUUUUUGUAUGUCUAUGUCACAUCAAUGUGUAUUUCUAAAAAAGAAAAAAAAAAAACAUGUAUUUGAGAUCUUGAUAUUGCGUGUACUAAAAUAAACUGCACUCUUACUGAAAUUUUA